UCAAUAUCAGAAUGAUUUAUGGGCAGGAGUUCUUAUGGUUGUUGCAGCGGCUGCAUAAUGUGGCGUUCUGGGUAAUGGGCAUAUCCUGGGUGAUUGGGUAAAGGUUUUGCUCGACUCAAUUUGAGAGAGACGACGACUUGUCAGUCGCGUGAACAGUUAUGUAGUAUAGUAAAUCAAAUCGACUUGACGAUAGCAGCGCAUACAUGUUCCCAGGUUGCAUCACUUCACUGUGCCUCGAUCUCCUCGGCCCAGCGUAGGGCACGUAGUCGUAUCGUGUACGCAGUUUUCACGCACUGGCCAAGAAUAGCAUGACGUAGGGCGCGAAUUGGAUGAGGGACGAUGAGCGUUAUCAACCAAGAUGGCGCUGUAGAUUGAUCGCUAUCGACUGCGAUACGGCAGGUAAACUCGCAAAUCUCGACAAUGAUCUUGCAAAUAAUACUACAGCAUAGGCUAUCAGCACUCGCUAUUGAUACACAUUACUAUCGCAUAUGGCCGACAAGAUUCCCGCCAUCCGUGUAACGGAUCCGCAAAGCCGGGAUACGGUACCAGAGACGACAGGAGCAAACAGAAGCGAAGGAUUCGAUUAUGCUGCGGGCAGCAGAAGCGCAUCGCCGAAAGAGGGCAGCAGACCAGCAACAUCCGGAGGACUGCCAACUCCUGGAAAACUGCUUCGUUCGUUAUCAGGCACUUUGUCGAAUCAAGAAGAGCCGGUAGCAAACGACAAAGACCCCCUGUCACAACAUCUGUUCCGCCGCGUGCGACCAACGUCAUCUGGUGCGAGUGCACCCUCCGAAGAUCGAUCCGACGACAAUGCCAUUCAAAGAUCAAACACGACACUGAGUUCUGCUGGUCGAGAGAAGAAGAAAGGUGCCUCAUUCCUUGGACGACUGCUUGGAAACAAGAAAAAAGAAACCGACGACAAUGUUAUUGACGACGCUGCUUCCGAGUACAGCAGUCUGCGCCCCGAAGGUAUGGAAGCGAACGUCUUCUCUCAGCCCGUCGAUAAUAUCGAGUUCAAUCCACGUCAUCCUCCACCUCCCGAGUAUAUAAGAGUCAGGGCGCGGAACAAGAAGGACAAGGACUUCGAUCAUCUCUUCCUGGCCCAAGAAUUGCUGUCUUCACAUGUCCAUCAUGAUGAGACGCCGGUAUGGGCCAUGCAAUUCAGUAGAGAUGGAAAGUAUCUAGCAGCUGCAGGACAGGACAAGAUCAUCCGCGUGUGGGAGGUCAUCAAAACGCCAGAAGAUCGCAAAUCGUAUGCCGAAGAGUCCGACAACAACCAUCGUCCACGCUUGAGCGCGCCCGUAUUCCGACAGGACCCAAUCAGAGAAUAUGAAGGACAUACGUCGACCAUUCUUGACUUGAGCUGGAGCAAGAACAAUUUUCUACUUUCCUCGUCCAUGGACAAGAACGUAAGGCUUUGGCAUGUCAGCCGGGAUGAGUGCCUUUGUACUUUCAAACACAGCGAUUUUGUCACGUCUAUUGCUUUUCAUCCCAAGGACGACCGCUUCUUCCUCGCCGGUUCGCUUGAUUCAAAAUUGAGGUUAUGGAGCAUCCCCGACAAAACAGUUGCUUACUGGAGUCAACUACCAGAUAUGAUUACUGCGGUCGCUUUUACACCAGAUGGGAAAUCUGCAAUGGCUGGCUGCUUCACCGGGCUUUGUAUGUUUUACGAGACCGAAGGGCUCAAAUAUCAAACGCAGAUCCAUGCUCGCUCCAGAAAUGGCAAGAAUGCCAAGGGCAGCAAGAUCACUGGUAUACAAUCAUUCCAAUCUGGUGGGGAAACCAAAGUUCUGAUCAGCAGCAACGAUUCCCGGAUACGCUUGUACAACUUCCGCGAUAAGAGUAUGGAGAUUAAAUUCAAAGGGAACGUCAACGAUAGUAGCCAGAUCCGCGCGGCGAUCAGCGAUGAUGCCAAGUACCUCUUUUGCGGCAGCGAGGACCAUAAGGUCUACAUCUGGCCAACAGUUCCUGGCGACGGCGACAAGAAGCAGAAGCGGUCGAUGGAGACCUUUGAAGCCAGUAAUACCGUUGUUACCUGUGUUGCGUUUGCGCCACCAAAGAGCAAGCAGCUUCUGGGCAGAUCAGAGGAUCCGAUCUACGACUUGUGCAAUCCUCCUCCAGUUAUGCUGAUGAGCUCAGCCGAGCGUGCCGGAUCUCGUCCCCCCUCUCGAGCACCAACUGAGGAUGGAGUCGACACAGAGCCACAACCCCACAAGCGACCAGACGAAUCGCCUGCAUAUCUUGCUCGUUCCACGCAUGCGACUGGUAACAUCAUCGUGACUGCGGAUCUGGCCGGCAGAAUCAAAGUGUUCAGACAAGAUUGUGCUUGGAAUAAGCGCAGGACAGAAAACUGGGAAACGUCGUCCGUGUUCUCGAAGCGGAAGCUCGGCCGUACUGCUUCGAUAGCUACGAAAGGAAGCAGCCGUAGUUUACGCAGCUCGCAUGGUCGUCCUGAUGGUCCGGCGGAUAGAAUCCUGUCGUGGCGGCAAGGCAUCUCGAGUGCACCAAACAUCGCCAAUGGCUCGAUCCGCAGCCAGUCACCUCGCAAGUCGACCGCCAGCACCCAGCCACGUCCAGAGUCCAAAGCGUCAAUGGCACCACCUCCAGCUACCAAAAAUGAUGAAUCAGGUGGCGCUGACGAAGAUGAUGAUUCACUCAUGCUGCAGGGCGACCAGUCAAUGCUCUACUGGAGACUGGCUCUCAACUCGGCACGAAACCAUCAUCAGCAACCACUACCAUCACCCCAACCACAUUCCGGCAGACCAUCUUCGAGCCGCACUGGAAGUUACAACCUUGGCCUACCACAUCCGCUCCAGCGCAACCAGAGUGCUGUCAGUAAAUUGAGCAUAGAGCAGGAUAAUGCAGCCACGGAAAGUGAUUCUGAUGCUGCGAGUUUCAAGGAUGCACUGCAGGGGCAUGAAGAAGAGGUGCAUUGUCGCGAGUGUGGAAGUGCGAACUUCCAUGUUAGAGCGGUGAAGGGCGGUGGCACUAGACUAUGCUGCUCCUCUUGUGGCGCAGCUGCUUAGCCCAGGCGUGAUUGUGGUUAGGCGUUAUCUUCAUGGCAGGGAUGAUGACGAUGACGAUCAGAGCUAUAGCAAUGACUGAUGAAUCGAAUCUCUAUAAUUUACUAAACUUGUCGGAUGCUUCCAGAGUGCGGUGUUCAAGUUGAUUCGGGACAGUCGGUGAAUGCGUCUAAUACAGUGAUUGAAACAGGACCAAAUUCAACGCAGCUAGGUAUCAAA